AUGAUCGCGGGGCCGUCCGUCAAGGAGGAGCAGCUGAGCGAGCGCGAGGAGUGCGCCUCAGCCGUCGGGCUGCGGCUGGUGGUCGCCGACAGCUACUCGCUCCGCGGCGAGCUUCAGCAACAACCGGAAGGCGUCGGGACGAAGAGAUCUGUCAGUGGCGGUGGCAGUGACGAGAGUCGCGAGAACGUGGAGGGUGCCGACGAGGUGCAGGAGGGUGCCCGACAGUCGGAAGGAGUUCCUCAGGACAGCGACUGUGGGCCGAGAUUACGUGCCGAAGAUGGUCCCGAGAAGCCCCAUCGUGAUCUCGACGGACUGUCCGUAAAGUGCAAGCGUUGUGGGAAGAUAUUUAACAAACAAUCUUCGCUGGAUCGGCAUCUACCACGUGCUCAUGAGGACGAGAAACCUUAUCAGUGUGGUGUCUGCAAUCUUCGGUUUAAGGCGAAAUAUAAUCUUAUUGAACACACGUGGAUACAUACUGGUGAGAAGCCGUAUGAGUGUAAAUUCUGUAAGAAACGAUUUUCCCACAAUGGACAUUUUUUGAGGCACGUGGAAACUCAUAAUGGUGCGUAA